AUGAAGUUCUCCAGGAAUGUAUCCGACUCUCGCCGCAAGCAGAGAAAGGCCCACUUUGCCGCCCCUUCCUCUGUUCGCCGUGUGUUGAUGUCUGCUCCUCUUUCUAAGGAACUUAGAGAGCAAUACAACAUCCGCUCCCUUCCUGUUCGUCGUGAUGACCAAGUCGCCGUUGUCCGUGGAUCCAACAAAGGUCGUGAGGGCAAGAUUACUUCUGUCUACCGUAAGAAGUUCCUCUUGCUUAUCGAGCGUGUGACUCGUGAAAAGGCCAACGGAGCCUCUAGCCCUCUUGGUAUUGAUGCCUCCAAGGUUGUGAUCAACAAGCUUCACCUUGACAAGGACCGUAAGAACUUGAUUCUUCGCAAGGGUGGUAAGGUCGAGUAA